GGCCCAAGGAGGUGGGCGCCUCCACUCCCCCUCCCAAUUAUUUUCCCCAAACCCCAUCCUUUCUUUUACAGCAGCCGCCACAAUAAACCCCUGACUCCUCUCUGUAUAAUUCCCCCUAAGCAAAAACCCCGCCCCUUGUGUUAUUCCCAGCAGCGAGAGAAACCUCAACCGUCGCCGUUGUUCCCGCUUCUCAACGCGGGCGCGGCGAGAGAAAAAGAAGAAAGAGUUGCACCCGAUCCCGAUCCCAUCCCUCUCGUGUUUCUAGCGGUGACGUUGAGGGUUCGAUAAACGAGGAGAUCAUUGUCCCGGGUCAUCCAACCUAGGCCUAGGCACGUUCUAGAGGUAUGGGAACUCGAUCCCUUUGAGUUAGAUCGAUCGUUUUGGUGAUUUUUCGUGAGGAUGCAAUUCUGGGGUCUUAGCAACAGGCUUUACAGGCUUUUAGUGACAGAUUUUGAUUAGUCACUAAAGGUGCUGGGAAUUUCCAGAAACAUAUUUUUAGAUGUUUUAAAUUUUUUCGAGCCUCUCUGAAGUUUGUUUUCUGGAUCUAACAGUUUUAUAAAUUGAGAGACGUCUAGAAAAUGAUUGUAAUUUAAUUUGGGAAUUUUUGAAGAUGUAUUUCUAUUUUUAGAAAUUGUUUGAACAUUUGUUUUAAUUAAAUAAAAAUCUUUCCGAGGGUUUUUUAAGGGUUUAAUAAUUUUCCAGGGUAUAGGGAUAUAUGAUUGACAUGGGAAAAUUAUUAUCCGAAUUUUGAAGAAGGUUCUAGUUAGGUGGAUAAUUCGUCAAAGACUCAAAUAAUCAAGAAAAAUAGUCGUUUUUGAAGGGAUUAAUUCUACAAAAUUUUAGUGGGGGUUAAAGGACCCUAGGAAUGAGGUUCAAGGACUGGAGUUUGAGGAGAGGAUGUUCUAGUGAUUCAAAAGGGGUUUUAAAUCAAGAAAGGUCGUCUAAGAAAAUGGAUUCUUUUUAAUAGGUUUCCCCAAGAUAAUCCGGCUAAGGAGGGGUGUCUUCGAUGAAGGAAUUGAGGAGUCAUCUUUUCGAGGUGAGUGUAAAGGGGGUAAAAUCUCUGUCGUAGGUCUUUAGUUUAUUUUACUUAAAGUAGUUUCGUUAAUUUUUUAGUAUUGCGCGAUAUGUGUGUGAGGCAUCCCACCGCCUGUAAGGGUGGAGGCACGCGUUGUGCUAUGUAUGAAUGUAUGGAUAUAUGAUUGUAAUAGUUGGUUGAUGGUAUAAGGAACCCCCGGGCGGUUGGGCCACUACUGGACUCGGUUGAUGGUCGGAUCACUACUGGAUGGCAAGACGUAACGCAGCAGUUGAUCGAGUAUGUUGGGGUCACUACUGGACAGCGAGACGUAACGCAGUAGUUGACGGGCAUGGACUGGACGACGAGACGUAACGUAGUGCCAUUGCCGAGUUUGGGUAUGCAACUGGACGGCGAGACAUAACGCGGUUGGCAUACUAGGGUAGGGACACCGGACAGCGAGAUGUAACGCGGUGGUCCCUUGUGUUGGUGUCUUUGGAUUAAGAGGAUAAGUAAGAAAUUCUAAAGAUAAGAUAGGAGUAGAGAUCUCUUAUAGACUGUUUGAUAGUAAAGUUUAAAGGAUGAAAGUGAGAACGACUUUCGACUAAGGAAGGCAAUCCCCUAAUAAUGUGUUCAGUAAGGAGUUUUCCUAGGGCAAAGACCUUAGGAAGUAACGACGAGACUAACCCCUUCUCACUCACCAGGUCUAGGAUAGUCUAGCAGAAGUGGAUCCCGAGAAGAAGCAGGGCGAGGCGAGUAGCAGUACAAGCGUCGACGCGAUAUCGGAAAGCUCAUGAGGAGUCAAGUUAGAUUAGUUAAUUAUUAUGUUUCAUGGUUAUUAGUAUAAAUUGGAGAUUCUGUGUUAAGUCGUUUUAAGUGUUUGAGAUUGACAAUUUUGCCCAAGUGUUGGGGCUUUUCGUUAAAAAUUCUUAAAUGAUGUCGGUUUGUUUUAUUUUAAAAUGUGGUUUGGGUUGCUCCGGAGUAACCGGGUUUUGGUUUGAGUUAUGGUUUGGUUUUUGAAAAGAGACGGGACGUGUCACUAUACUGUCAUUGCCAUCACUAUAGAUAGAAGAGAGCAUAAGCCGGGCGCUAACCAUGCACGCAUUCAAUCAAAAAGCACAAGCAUAUAUCCAUUGCGUAAAAGUAUCAAAUAAAUUCACACCAUCAAUCACACCGUAGCUCUUCCAUACAGCAAAGUACAACUACUUCCAAAUAUGCAGGUCAUAAUUGUGAUGACCGAAAGCACAAUCAACAUCAGGGUAAGUGUCACGAGUAGAAAUCAAAGAGGCACAGACAAACGAUCUUGAAUACCAAUUCACGGCUGAAGUUAAAAGGGCGAGAUUUGAGUAACUUUCCUGGAAUGGAAGACCGAGAUUGCAGCUCUAUCACAAGAGAAAUUGAAUUCUAAAUCCAACGUGUAGCACCUGAAAGAGUUACCAGAUCAAAGUCCCUACACAUAAUACAAAAAAUAAAAGUCAACUCACGUAAACAACAAAAUCAUAGACAGGUUACGAUUAAGGUGAUGCUAAUACUGCAAAUCCUUGUGGCAAUACAAAAGCAUCAUAGAAGAAAGAAAGGAUUCCUACUGUAUUAACUAUUACGUACUACGAAUGGGGCAUUAAGUAAUUCAGGCUCGUUGUUUUCCUAGUUCAGUAUUCCACACGGACAUAACGUCAAACACAUGGAAGCCAGAAGCAAUCAUGGUGUAUUUCAGCAAACACUUGGAUGCAGAACAAUUCUUAUGAUAAAUCGACGAACGAUACAACUAAAGGAAAGUAGGAUAGAUGGUUCUCUAACCCUACUAAUCAGGUCAACUAUUAUACUCCUCCAGGCAAAUAGUCAAUUUGUAUGAUCCUUGUAGGAUAUAAAUCUUGUCUAUGAAUGCUCUAAUAUCAAAAUAUGUUCAUAUAUGUCACUAUGUCUUUUGCAACUAUAAUAAACCGUGGACUGUUUUAGUUUCUGAGAUUAACAUGUCUUUGCUUUACCUCUACUAUCUCUCUAUUAUGCUUUGUUUGAGUUUUUUGUUUUCUUUCUUUCCUUUUUGUCUUGGUAAGCAAUUUCAUCACCCCACAAACCAGAGGGCAUACAAGAUGGCAUGAACACCAUAGACCAACAGUUUUUGCAGAGAGUAUCAGCUACACUAAUCCAAGACUAUUGACAUGCAAUCUACGAGUCAUUAUCUACAAUAGAAGAGGAUUUAAUUUCAUUGAGAGUGAUAACCAGAUAGUACAGGAUUGAACACAAAACCAGAUAGUACAGGAUUGAACACAACCUGCUUUUCUAGUCUUUUUGCGACACCUGCAAUCCUAAUACAAGACUACAAAUUGAUUGGAUUAUCAACUAGACAGAAGUAGCAAGAUCGUUUAAGGUUAUGAAUGUCCAUGGUAAUGAUCAAUGCAGCAAAACACAAACCAACCCAAUUGACGAUACACUCACAGAAAAUCUUCAAUUCCCUAAUGAUGAUCUCCAAUUCAUCAUAUUUCAUACACUUUCCAUGAAACCCAGAAGCAUUAUACAAGAACAAUCAUAAUUGAAACUUAUAGUGAGCUAAAAUUAUGAAAAAGAAGGAAUAGUUGUCUCUACAAAUGACGGCCGAGUUUGGGGUUCUUUUAGUCAGACGAUGAGAAAGAAGUAGCAGGUGAAAGAAGAAGGAUUUGAAGUGAGAAAUGGAGAAACAUUCAGAAUCUGAGGAUCAUCUUUAUUACCUAAAAGCUUGAAGGAAGAAACACAGCAAAGCUGCAACCAAUUGAAGACCCAAUGAAUCCCCUGCUCAGUCCCUAGUUACAGUGUCGUCGUCAACCUAUUUGAAGAUCUAGUUCGCCGUCGCUGUCGCUACCUUCACUAUCGAUGAGGAAACGCCACCAUUGUGUUCGCGCCGGUGGCACAACAAAGUGGCGACGAAGCACAAUCGCGGGAGAGGAGACACCGCGAAAACCCUAUUUCAGAAUUUGGUUCACCGUUGACCUGCUCACCCCCUUCUAUAUCGACUGGAGAUGCCACGAAACCCUAUUUCUUCCUUUACCCAGCGCCGCACUCGCCGUCGAUCUAUUUCAGAAUCCGUGUCGCCCCCUGCUCAUCACACUCACUUGCUGUCACCCUCUGCUCACCGCCUUCACCGUCGUCCAAGAGAACUUGGAGCAGACUUUGCCCUCAAUCAAGCAACUCUGAAUCUUGUUCCAAUUCUUCCCUCCGGUGACUCGCUAAUCAACCCCUUCACUAUUGACGAAGAGACCCAAUGCGAAAGAGCACAAUCAGAAGAGACCCGCCGCGAAACCCAAUCUCACCGUUCCCGUCGCCGAUGCUCAACCACUUCAAUAUCGUCAAAGAGACCCACCACGGAAGAGCAUAGUCCACAAUCGCGGAAGAGGAAACUUGAAACCCCCAAUCUCUUUCUUCUCAUAGCGUCGCCGUCGCAAUUGCCCCUUGAGGCAGGUUCGUUGUCGCCGUCGCCCAAAUUCAUAUGCAAUUUCGCCAUCGUCGUCGCCGCCAAUCAACCCCGUCACUAUCUAUGAAGAGACGCUCUGAAAUCCCAAAGCGGAAGAGAGGCUCUGAGAUUCGACGAGCUCAAUCGCUUUACCCGACUGGAUUUCAAUUUUUUUUUAAUUACUAUGCAACGAACCGGUGCAACAGGUUACCAUUCCAACGGGUGAAAACAAAAUUUUAAUAACUUUAAUCCAAUGACUGAUAUUUUAUAAUAAGAUCUAAGAGUUAUA